AUGCUCUUUUUGGUUGCAGCAUGCUUAGCUCAGAACAAGAAUGCCUCCAAGACUAUGAAAGGUUUGGUCCUAUCUCAUAAUAGAGCUGGUGGAGAUUACCCUAGCAUCACCGAUCUUGCCUAUCAGAAAGCCAUAGACGAUGGGGCCGAUAUAAUUGAUUGUUUUGUCCAAAUGACAAAGAUGGAGUUUUCUACGGCUUGGAGACGGCCACCCUUACAGGGAAAACUACUGUAG